ACGAACUAUAUGUUGUUUAUCCAAUAAACAAAAGGUAUUUUGAAAACAAAUUGUUAUAUUAACCAUCAUUGUUAACCAGUAUUUAACACUUAUUCAUUUAAAACUUCAACAACUAAUUAAACACUAUGCCCAUGGUAAAGAGGAGGCUGACUAUUGGAUCCCAGCACAAAGCGUAUUUAUUAAGAAAAAGCAAAACUAUCGGUGAAACUUGUGAGGACAAUGAAAAUAAAAUUUCAAACUCGAAUAAUUUGGAAGAAGAGGGGAAAUUAGGUGUCAAGCGGAAGGCAUUGCAGAAUAUCAGUAAUGUUACGAAAAAUGUGAACUCUGGAAUUUAUGAGGAGGAGAAUAAAAAUAAGUCAAUCCAGCCAGAUAUAAAAGGCAACAUGAAACAAGAAAAUGAAAAAGAGAGUAAGUGCGAAAUUGUGAACUGUCUUGAAAAAUUCUUUCUUGUCCCUCAAUAUGCUUCUCAUAUUUAUAAAUAUCUGAAAAAAAUAGAAUUAGAAAGACUCUGUCAAAAGUGGCCUACGAAUCCAGCCGUGACAGACAAAAUGAGAAGACGGGCGGUCGAUUGGAUUUGGUCGAUUUCACAAAAGUUGAAGUUGACGCAGGAAUCAGUCCAUUUAAGCGUUUAUUUGCUUGAUAAAAGUAUAGAACUUUUGGAAGUUAACGAAAGCAAUUUGAAAUUGAUAACUCUUUGCUGUAUGUCUAUUGCGACAAAAUACGAAGAAGUCGCCGUCCACCGAUUCCACAGGUUUCUAACUUCUUGCAAUCCUCCAAAUUCGAGGAUUGAUUUUAGAAACAUGGAAAUGAAGAUAUUGAAUGUACUCGAUUUUGGUAUUGGAAGACCUUCUUCUUUACAUUUUCUCAGAAGGAUCAACAUGAUCAUAAGAUCAAACAGGAUUCAGCAUACUUUCGGCAAGUUCAUUAUUGACAUGAUAUUGUUUGAAGAAAUUUUUUGCCAUGAGCGGCCUUCGUUGAUAGCAUCGGCGGCUUCUUUCAUUGCAUGUUGCCUCUCUUGUAGUACACUCGAUGUCAAUUUGUGGACUGAAUGUUUGUCAUUUGACACAGGCUACAAUAUUAACAAUUUAAAGCCAACUAUUGCUCAAAUGGCUCAAGUUAUUCUUAACGGAAUAAAAAUGCUAGAUAGCGUUAAAGAAAAAUAUUCAAAACAAGAAUAUCAUUGCGUUUUUCAAAGAAUGGUAAAAGAAAAAAAACUGCUGAAAUUGUUGAGUAACUUCGACUCCUAAAGACAAACUGGUAAGGGAUUUCUUCUUGUAAUAGCCAAAAAAUAUCUUAGAUAGCAGGCAUAUACAUAUAAUUUUAUAGAAUGCUGUCAAGUCAAUAUAUUUUUAUCAUAUG